GCAACUUCGAGUUGCCCCCCGUCCACCGCAUCAGGAAUGAGUCUCCACUACUGCAUCGGGAGCAUGAAAGCCACACCACCUCGGUCAUCGUACUCACCAGUCUCCCGACACUCGGUGACGGCAGCCAUCCUAGUCCCGCAUUGUCUCCCCAUCCCCCGGCAACUCUCGUCUUGUUCCGCAGUCUGGCGGGUAUCAUUCAACUCUUUUGUGCUGAAGAUUCCAUGGCGGAUUCAAUCAAGAUGUGUGGCAACACCUCGAAUCUUAGGGACACGCUUGCCCUUACACAUUCCCUCUCCCCUUCGAUCUUCGAAAUACUUCACCCAUGUUCGAGACAGCGUCCCUCACUGCCAUCCCAGUCUCUAAGUCCUAUGUAUAUGCGAGUGGGACAGGCGUGUGGCAUCAACUGCUCGAGUCAUUUGGACGACUAAUGAAAGCACUUGAUCGGGCGAGAGCGCGUUUGACCCCUGAAGCGGCGGCAACUUUCAUAAGUAGGUGGUGGGCGAGUCUAAUUAGCACCUGGCUUCAAAAUCACUUCCCUUCUUUCUGUCUCGCUCGCCCGCUCGCUCUUUCGAGAUGCAUGUCGCGUCUAUCCUCGCGCUUUCGUUCUCGCUCCUCCCGCGACAGGCGUCCGGCGCCUCCAUCCAUGCAACGCCGCGCCUCCAUCCUCGCAUCUCGUCCGAAGACGUACAAAAUCGCGGGUUUCUCGACGGUCUCUUCCACUCGAUCGCAUCGGUAGAAUCGGCAGCGGAGAAAGCGGUGGGGGAUGCCGGAGCCGCCUUUGCGCCAAUCCUCGACGUCACGGGCGGGGGGACGACCACGAUGCCCAUCGUGAACAGGGUCGUCGCCCCGGAUGGAUUCGCUCGCCCCUCCGUCCUUGCCGGGAGCUCGUUCCCUGGGCCAUUGAUCACUGCGCGCAAAGGGCAAAGUUUCAGGAUCAAUGUGGCCAACCAGCUGAACGAUACAUCGAUGGAAACGGUCACGACUAUCCACUGGCACGGAUUCUUCCAGAGCCGGACCCCCUGGGAGGACGGUGUUGCGUUUGUCAGCCAAUGUCCGAUCGUGCCUCGAGCUUCGUUUGUGUACGACUUUUCGACCGCGAAGCAGGCGGGGACAUUCUGGUAUCACAGCCAUUAUUCGACACAAUACUGCGAUGGACUUCGAGGAGCUAUGGUCGUAUACGAUCCUCGUGAUCCUCACAAAUCUUUAUACGAUGUUGACGAUGCCACCACUGUCAUCACGCUCGCGGAUUGGUACCACUACCUCUCUACCAAUGCUCCUUUCAUCCCAAAACCGAGCUCUACGCUUAUCAAUGGCUUAGGACGCUAUCCGGGAGGACCUGCAUCUCCUCUAUCCGUCAUUAAUGUCAAGCAAGGAAAGCGCUACCGAUUCCGAGUUGUCGCCAUGUCUUGCGAUUCCUCUUUCGACUUUUCAAUCGAUGGCCAUACCAUGACCAUCAUCGAAGUCGACAGUAUCAAUCACAAACCACUCAUCGUCGACCAGAUCACUAUUUAUGCUGGACAGCGAUACUCCGUCAUCAUUACCGCUAACCAACCGGUGGGCAACUACUGGGUGCGGGCCAAUCCCGACGUUGGAAACACCGGCCGCGACGGCGGCAUCAACUCUGCCAUCUUCCGCUAUGCAGGUGCUCAAAACACGACCCCUACCACGACUGCGGCUGUGAGAAACCCGAUGGUGGAGACUUCGCUGCACCCGCUCGUCGCUUCGCCGGCGCCUGGAAAGCCGUACCCCGGCGGCGCAGAUAUUACUUUCAACUUGGAUAUUACGUUUAACGGGCAUUUUGCAGUGAAUGGGAAAUCGUUUUCCUCGCCUGGCGUCCCUGUGCUCCUACAGAUCCUUAGUGGGCUUGCUCCUGCGCAAAAUCUCUUGCCGACGGGCAGUGUCAUCUCUCUCCCGCCCAACAAAGUCGUCGAGAUCAGUGUUCCCGGUGGAACUGUCGGUGCCCCCCAUCCAUUCCAUCUUCACGGCCACGCAUUCUGGGUCGUUCGAAGUGCGGGUAGCGACCACUACAACUUUGUUGACCCGGUUAUCCGUGAUGUCGUAAGUACAGGUGCUUCGAAGUCUGAUAACACUACAUUCCGGUUCGUGACUGACAAUGCGGGCCCAUGGAUCUUGCAUUGCCACAUCGACUGGCAUCUGGACAUCGGGCUUGCUGUGGUCUUCGCGGAAGACAUACCGUCGGUAGGAAAAGAACGACCGCCGAUUUCCUGGCAGUCUCUGUGUCCUGCCUACAAUAAGUUCAUCAAAUCUUGAACGUCACACGGCACGAGGGGGCCCUUCCUUGGAUAGGCUGGAAUACGAACUUUCUAUUCAUUUCAAGUAACGCAUUCGCUUCACG